AUGUCGACUGCAAUUGGCAGACCGCAACGUCCCAUCUCACGAGCCGACUUUCCGCUUGCCAUCAUCUGCGCUCUUUCCCUCGAAGCCGAUGCGAUAGAGGCGCUAUUUGAUGAGGACUGGGACUGCCAUGCGUACAGCAAAGCUGCCGGCGACCCCAAUUCCUACUCGACUGGACGCAUCGGUCAUCAUAAUGUCGUACUCACCUACAUGCCCGAAGCAGGAAAGGCCAACGGAGCCGCUGUCGCAACCAACUGUCGCGUCAGCUUCCCCUGUCUCAAACUAGCCAUCGUCGUCGGGGUCUUUGGAGUCAUACCUUUCACCCCUGGACCCCGGGAUGCACACCAUGAGAUCAUAUUGGGUGAUGUCAUUGUCAGCCAAAGCGUUGUCCAGUACGAUUUGGGACGACAAUACCCCGCCACUUUUGAGUACAAAGAUACCAAUGAGGAGGCUCUUGGGAGACCCAACGUUGAGAUCCGCUCCCUGCUAUCGAAGCUGAAGAGCCUCCGAGCGCGAAGAGCAUUUGAGUCCGACAUGAGAAAGUUUCUCUCAAUCCUGCAAGAAGAUAGAGAACUAGCAGCCCACUACCCCGAACCAGGGACAGAUCGCCUAUUCGAGGCUACCUACCGACAUGUGGACAACGACGUGCCAUGUGACAAGUGCGGCUGCAACGGAAAGCUUGUCCCGCGACAGCGGCUCAGACAGGGAGUACCAGAACCCAGAGUGCAUUUUGGAAGGAUCGCGUCUGGCGACACCGUCAUGAAGUCUGGAGAGGAUCGCGACGACAUCGCAAGAAAGCUUGGCGUCAUUGCCUUUGAGAUGGAGAGUGCUGGCGUUUGGGACAGUCUACCAUGCUUGGUUGUCAAGGGCGCGUGUGAUUAUGCUGAUAGCCACAAAGCUAAGGCUACCCAGAACUACGCUGCAGCGACUGCCGCUGCUUGUACCAAAGCUAUACUGCGCCAUUGGGUUGUUUCUACCCCUCCUGUCUUGGUCCCUUUCCCGCCCAACGACGAGUUUGUUGGACGACAGGACAUUAUUGGCAACUUGCGUCAACAACUAAGUCCUGAGAAGUCUCACGCUGUCGCAGCCGUCUUUGGCUUAGGAGGAGUAGGAAAAACACAGAUUGCUCUGGCUUAUGUACACGAGCUACACGCACAGAGUCCAGACCUGUCAAUCUUUUGGGUUUAUGCGAGCAAUGAAGAGCGCAUGCGGCAAGCAUAUGCCAAUAUUAUGCAGCAGCUCAAGAUUCCCUCCGGCGGAGAAAACUCGGAUGUUCUCGAGCGGGUAAAACAAUGGCUAGAAGCCCAGCAUCACAAGCCGUGGCUUAUGGUCAUCGACAACGUCGACGAAUUGGAUCUUUUCUAUGGAACUGGUGGUCUCGGCCGAUAUUUUCCAACCUGUGCUCAUGGCAAGUUACUUAUCACCACAAGAAAUCGGCAAGUAGCUGUACGGGCUACCAAAGGCCGGGGCUUCAUCGAGGUAUCGCGUAUGACCGACAGUGAAGCACGGGAACUCCUUGGUGCACACCUUGGAUGCUUGGAAUCUGACAUUGCCGAUCUGUCGACAUUGGCUCUGAAGCUUGAGUACCUUCCUCUGAUACUGGUGCAAGCCGCUGCAUUCAUACAAGAGAAUAGCAUCUCGGUCAGAGAGUACUUAGCCCUUCUCAAAAACGACAAGAAUAUGGUAGAAUUGCUCAACGAAGACUUUGAAACAAGCGGAAAGGAUCCGGACUCACUGCGAGCCGUUGCCAGAACUUGGAUGAUUUCAUUCCGACAAAUAAGACACCAGAACAAACUAGCUGGCGAAUUACUGUCUUUGGUAUCUACUUUUCACCAUCAGCAUAUCUCAGGGAACCUCUUGGCCGAUUACGUAUCGUGCAUUUACGACCGAGAAAGUUCUUUGGAACUCGUCAAGGCCAUUGGAGUUCUAAAGGCUUUCUCUAUUGUGUCCGCGGCAAAAGAUAACGGCAUUUCUAUGCAUCGUCUGAUACAACUGGUAAUGCGCAGAUGGCUGUUCCAGGAAGGCAUCGUGGAAAACUUCUUGCAGAAUGCAAUGAUGUUAAUGCACAGUAAACUUGGUGCGAUACUUAACGAAGACGGAUAUAUGCAAAUUGAGUAUAUCAUAGCUCUUGUGCCAUACAGUUUUACGUUGCAAAAAAGGUGGCUAUAA